AUGGCUUCCUCCUCUUCGCCAUCUGGCGGCACCUACGAUAAGGACCAGCUCUGCGUCAAUCUCCAGGUUGUCUCGCCCUCGGUCGGCGUCACCCGCCCUCUGAUCUUCCCCGGACUGCCAGCUUCCACCACGCUCAAGCAGCUCAAGGAGAAGAUCCGCCAAGCGCUGCCCUUCCGUCCUACCGACGAGAACCAGCGGCUCAUCGCCAGGGGCCGGGCACUGCUACGCGAUACCGAUACGCUGCUCGACGUUCUCGGAGACGCCAUCGUCCGCUCCAACGAGCAGCAGACGAUGCACCUCGUCCUCAGGGAGGCGCCUGCGCCGACCGUCACCGCCGCCGCCCCGCGAGACCCGAGCCCGGCUCCCCCGAUCGCAGCGUCGCAGCGACCGCCGUCGACUCUCCCGCAACAGCUCGGACCGCAGCCCCCGCCGGGCUUUCCUAGGAGAAACCCGGCCCAGCCCGCCGGCCCCUUCCCCGCGCCGCCGCCCGUGGCCACGCCGCCGGCCCCCAACAACGACGGUCUGCCGGCCGUGCAGCAUCAGCACAUGUCAAACUGGCUGGCUCAGCUCCAGCGGGACAGCAGGGCCCGCACCGUCGUCAACCAGAACCAGCGCACCAGGGCCAUGCUGGGCAUGCGCGGCAUCGGAGAUAACAACAACCCCGGCGGUCAGGAACCCACCAGCGGCAGGGCCAGCCCGGCCCUCGGGCACUACUACCGCGAGACGGUCGGCCCCAACGGCCAGACGUACCAGGUCGAGACCGUCAUCCGCGGGUCGGCCGGGGCCGGCAGCGGUGGCGGAGGAGGUCUAUCCCCGGCCGACGUCCAGAACAUCCUGCGCAACGCCGACCUGGUCCAGGCCACCAUGGCCACGGCCAACGCCAUGCACCGGAGCGCGUCCGGCGCCUCGCUGCACUCCAUGUACAACAGCCGGCCCCUCAACCAGCCCGGCGCCACGACCCCGGCCUACCCCCUCUCUGACUCGAGGGCGCCGAGCGGACGGGCCACACCGGACGCGGGCAUGCGCUCCACCAGCGCCGGCAGCGCCACCCUAGCACCCCCGCGCCAGGGAACCGAGGUGUACAUCCUGUCCUCCCCCGAGGGGCCCCGGGGCAUCCUCGUCAACAACAACUCGGAGACGUACUACACGCCGCGCAUACCCGCCCCGGCCGCCAGCUACCUCCGGCCACGGAGCCUCGUCACCACGGUGCAGGUGCAGGCCCAGCCCCCGCCACUCCAGGACGGCGUAGAUGACCCCGACAACCCGCAGGAGCCCGGUCUGCCGCCACUCCUCCUGCAGGCCUGGCCGCACAUCUGGCUCGUGUUCCGGCUGGCCCUGUUCGUCUGGUUCUUCACGUCCCCCCAGGCCAGCUGGGGCCGGUGGCUGUCGGUCAUCGGACUGGCCGUCUUCAUCUUCGUCGUGAGCAUAGGUGCCCUGCAGGGCAUCGUCGAUGUGGCGCGCAGGCCCAUCGCCCAGCACCUGCAGAAUGCCGUGCCGCGACUGGAACCGCACCGCCACCACAACCCCCGCGGCGCCGGCAACGACGGAGACGACGACGACGACGACAACAACAAUCCUGACCCGGCAAACAUGGCUGCCAGGCUGGUGGCCCGGAGGGAGCAGACGACGUGGCUGCAGAGCCAGAUCCGCCGCGCCGAGAGGGCAGGACUGCUCUUUCUAGCUAGUAUCGCCCCCGGCGUAGCGGAGAGGCACAUUGCCGAUCUGGAGGCCGAGGCCCGCGCGGAGAGGGAGCGUGAGAGAAGGGAGGCGGAAGCUGCGGCUGCUGAUGCGGCCAGGAGACGACAGGAGGAGGAGGAGGGGGAGGUGGUGGUGGUGGCGGUGGCAGGGGAAGGGACAGCAGCAGAAGCUGAAGCCGAAGCAGGAACUGAAGCUGGAGCUGGAGCUGGAGCUGAAGCUGAAGAAACGACGGCGACGACGACGGCAACUCGACCUGUCGACGAGGAUGGCAAUCAGCAACAGCGGUAUAGAGCCAAUUUGGUGGCCACGUGA